AUGAAUCCUGGCCGCCAGUCAGUCCCGCUCCGGGCUUCUUCGCGGCAAUAUUGGUUGCUCGGCCGCGUUCCUCGUCGCGCUCUUCAUGGUGUUUGGACUCAAUUAAUCUUUUUUUUUUUCCAACGCACAGCAAUUGAAAGUGUCGUGAACGUCGAAAACCUAUUGCAAUUAUCGUUUUUCCGCGUUUCUUCUAUUAUCACAACCGCGCCACGUUUUGCUAGUGAUUUAAAAAAACUAACAUGUUAAUUGUUAAUCCAGUUUCGUUUUAUUAACAGAAUUUAACAAUUUGUUUUCGAAUUUAAUCAUUUGCGCGGCGAGUACGAAUGAUCCAUCUCGAUCGCAAAACGGUUCCGCCGAUCGAUCGGAGCUUGGAGUCGAAAACAGAUUCCUCGUAUGUGUUGUACAUGCUAAAACGGUGCCCCGGUUUAUCCAUAAGUGAAGGCACUCCGAGUUUACGGCCACAGCUGCCGCUCGUCAAAGCUGAAAGCACGGAAAGACGCAUGUUGAUCUGAAAAUAUACAAUUGUGAAUGGAAGAACGAGGAACGGUAUUUCAUGCAUAAUAUAAGAGAGGUCGAUGCCAGAGCGAAGAAAUCGCAAAACACGAAAACGGGAGGACCAAAACAUUCGUCCCGGGACAGGCACAUCCCGCAGACUCGUCCUAGCGAUGCGACAUUCCACGCAUGAUUCCGCAUAAUCAUUGACAACUGGCAGCGGUCGUCACUCUUCCUGCGCAGAGAUGCGAAGCGAGGUGGGCGAAUGGCUGGCCACGUGCGUAGGUUCGCCGAUAUGCAUCCUGCUGCUGUCAUGGUGCCUGUUGAUCUACCAGAAUCAAUCAUCCUCGGCGAAGCGGAAGAUCGACGUGCUGACAGUCGCGAUCCUUUCCCAGAGCCUCGCUCACCAAUUGGGACUGCUGCUCUACGCGAUUCUCACGUUAAUCCGUCCGGCAAAUCACUUUGGAGAAUUAUGCUCGACGUUGGUAUGGCUGUUGAACUCGUCGAGCGUCCUCCAGGAGUUGACUCUCACGUCGAUCGCGGUGUUCGCGGCGCUCAGCAGCCGCGACGACGCCGUGAACCUCACGAAGAACCAUCUCAAGUACCACCUGGUCAGCUUGAGCGUCAUCAGCGCCUGCAUCGGCGUCACCGGCGUCCUCAACUUUGAGCCGGAAGUCUGCGUCUUCCUGCCGCACGAGAUCUCUUAUAAAUACGGGAUCUUCGUCAACUCGUUGAGGAGCCUGCUGGCUCUCACGUCGUUCUUCGGCGUGUUAGUCGCGAUUUUCCGCAAUAUCUGCCGCUCGCCGACCUCCGAGCUGCUCAAGUCAGUCUCGGAUUUGUCCGAGGCGAGCUCGAAGAACUCCUCGGGAGCGUUCGAUUGCCAUCCUCAGCAUUGGGAUCCGUCUAGCGGAUCGUGCACCAGCGGUUCGACCAACAGCAGAGCAUGCUUGCGGAAGAAGAGGAUCCAUGUGGACGAAGCCAGCGGCAGAUCCACCGUUUACAGCAUUCUCUUCGUCUGCUACAUCUUCGAGCAUUUGCCCAUCCUGGUCAUCUCCAUCAGACCGAGCCUUCUGAGGAACGUCUGCACGCCGCAAAAUCUGGCUACGUGGUUGCCACUGAUGAAGGACACGCUGCUUCCGGUAUUUCUGGCUCUGUUCGACAAGAUGUUCUGCCGAUACGUGGCCAAGGUGUACACGAAGCAGGAUCACGCGAGGAGACUGUCGCACGGUGGAAUAGACGGUAAAUUCCGACACUUUGAGCAGGACGCCGAGUACAAGCUGCAAUUGAACCUGAAUCACGGGCUGAAGUUUCCCCUGACGAACGGAAGCCUCUACGGGCGGCUGCACAGCCAUCAGAACAGAGCGAAGACCGGUACGAUCACUAUGGGAAUCCAACAGCACUAUCCCAGAACGCAGCCGACGAACGAGGACGCCAACUACGCGUCUCUGCCGGCGGAGCUGUCGUCUUUUACAAGCUCGACCUUCGAACCUCGUCAAGAAAGGAUCCCCGAAUCGCCGAAGAAGAACUCGAUGGAGCAGCAGCACAGACGACCGCGACCGAACGAGAGCUUGCACGAGCUCGUUGGUAAUCGCAGAAAAAUUGGCAGCACCGACGUCUUCGGGCAGAAUAUGGAAAAUCUGGUCCAGCUCGAGGAUCCCGUGAAUAGCCGGAAGUUCCAGGUGAAGAGUCUGGACGAGAUUCGCGAGGAGCCGUCCAGGCGACACGCCAGGAGCGUGCUCGGUCUCGAGAGCCUGAUCGUCGGGCUGGAGAGCAAUCUGCAAGAGCAUUAUCCUAGGAACAUUUUGCGCAGAAAUCAAAGCUUCGACCACGCCAGAUAUCGACCUAUGCUCGAUACGAGGACCUUCAACUUAAAGAAAGAUGAUCACAUGAGAGAGAACUUUCAACAGAGUCUUCAUCAGAAUUUUCAUCAGAGACAGGAUAGUCAAGGACAUUGCGACGGAUACGACAGCUCCGAUGACGAGAGUUGCGAUUUGGAGAACGGCGACUUCGAUACGAUGAGUUCCUGCCGGAGCAGAAGCAGGAGCUGCUGCUCUGUCACCACGGUCGCUAAUGAUGAUUUCGAAUAUUUCCAACGUAAAGGAACCAAGGUGGAAUUGCUGCCCUCGAAGCGAGCCGGUGAGGUAAAGGUCAGCAUGCGAUCUUUCACGCCGCGUAUCAUAGAGAACGGCACGGACGAUAGAGAGGACAAGAAGUGCGGCAGCAACGCAAAGCUGAUCGACACGAAGCCCAGCAUACAGUCGUAUCAUCUGAAGACCAAGAGGAUUGGGCCUGGUUACUCGAUGAACGAUUUGGACAAGCUGGCCAUCGACAAAAAACUGCCGAAUUUGUCGAUGGAGAGCCUGAAGAGCAUCCUGAAGAACUCCGGCGUGAGCUAUCUCGACAACGGCGAUAUAUGCAAGCACGAAAUCGGCGGCUCGGCGCCAGACUUCAAGAAGAUCUUCGUCACCGAGUUUAUAUGAGGCACAAUGUAGAGCGUUUCUAAAGGCGGAAGACUGUAUCGUUUUAUCCUUGUGAUAUAGUAACAGCAUGUGCGUAGAUAAAAACGUAGCAAAUUCGCCUCGACCGGAAAAAAGACUCUUAUCAGGCACAGAAAGUGCAGAUAGAAUUCUAAAAAAAGAAAGAAUCUAGAGUAUCAGAUACAUGACGAUAAAGUAAAGUUCUUUUAUAUAAUAAAAAAUAAUUGACAUAAAUAUCGAUAGCUAGUGCCAAAAGCUUACGAGUGCUUUCGAAGCGCGUGACAAACCGUCAUUUUCAUUUUUCUAACAGAAAAUCCAAAUUUUAUACGCGAACCCUUUUUUCAAACGUGACGUCACAUCUGUAUGCUUGUUAUUAAUUGCAAGCUACGGUCGAUGAGUUUUGGAAUGAGCGCUAGAUGAGUGAAAUUAUCGCAGACGCCUCCCGCAGCGUCGCGUCUAUUUUUGUAAAAAUGCUGUAAAAUACUUUACAAUACGUAGUGGAUUUAUUUCGGACGGGGAGUCGAUUAUACAAAUGUUAACUUGUACAUAUUUUGUAUAUUUGUACCGCAAUAUUUAAUGUAGCGAUUUAUGUAUACGCGCAUACAAUUACGCGUGGCUCCAAGACGUGUCCAUCCGAAUGUCACGAGAACGACGAGUAAAUUGUAUAAAUUCAUUGCAAAUAUAUUUUACUUCUGGGUUUAUGCGUGAGCAAUAAUUUCAACGAUUGCCUUCCGACCCUCUUCGUGAAGUCGAGGAAGUGAAAACUUGAUCUCAAGUGUUCAACAAUUUCAUUAAAAUCGGAUCGAAAACAAAAUGCAACACGCUGAAAUUGAAAUAAAUAUAAUCCACUUUAUUAAAUACAUUUUUUACAGCUCGUUGCUCGUUUGUAGAACCUAAGAUACUAUUUAUCUCUCGAUCAUUCAAUUGACUUGAUCGUAAAUUCGCAAUUAUCGGCAACACGAUCGCCUUGCGUUGGUUUUGACCGCUUGCGUAUCGUUUCCUCUUUUUUUUUUUUAUUCACAUGCAGUGAGCGUUGCUGGCAAGAUUGAGCAUAGCCGAUGUCGCAUGAGCUCAUGCGGUAGAUUACAGGCACGCCCUUCGUCGUCUAUCGCGUGAUAGAUACGCCGUAAUCGCCGCCGGUCGCCGCUGUCGUAA